CAGGCUGGGUGAGUCAGUCCCCUGCCUCCAGUAAAUAUUUGUAUUAGCAGGAGCCGGCUCUGUAAUGGUGGCUGCGCUGUGAGCGGCGCAGACCCAGGGACCCCAGGGCACGGCAGGCAGCGAGCGGCGGCGGCGACAUGUCGGUGAACAUGGACGAGCUGAAGCACCAGGUCAUGAUCAACCAGUUCGUGCUGACCGCGGGCUGCGCCGCCGACCAGGCGAAGCAGCUGCUGCAGGCGGCGCACUGGCAGUUCGAGACUGCGCUCAGUGCUUUUUUCCAAGAAACAAACAUCCCCUACAGCCAUCACCAUCAGAUGAUGUGCACUCCAGCCAACACGCCCGCCACGCCCCCCAACUUCCCCGAUGCCCUCACCAUGUUCUCCCGCCUCAAGGCCUCCGAGAGCUUCCACAGCAGCAGCCCUGUAGCAUCUAUGGCGACCUCCCCUCCUCCCCCACCCCCACCGCUCCCCCAGCCCGGGGGCUUCACCCCAGCCUGGCCUGCGGCUCUCCCCUCCAGCCAGCAGCAGCAGAGCAUGUGGACUUCGCCCUCGCAGCCGUCGGACUGGCCCGCCACAGUCUCCCAACAAGCCACGUCAGAACAGAAGGCCAACGUGACCAUGGAGGCCGAGAGAUGAGGCCGUGGGGGAGCGGGAACACAAUGUGGGGAGGGCCCACAUGGCCCCAGCGUUCAUUUCCCCUUCCCCUUUCCGAGGAAGAGAGGAACUUUGUUGCCUCGGAGACUGGCAACCACAUUCAGACAGACAGACACAUGAGCAAAUAGCCACCUUGCAUGGGUUUGGUUUGAAGUAGUUUUUACUUGUCCUAGAGCUGACCGGAGCUCCCCAGAGACCCAGGGAGGCCACGGUGAAUGCAAGAGCCAUCUCUGGCUUCUGCGUCCCGGAGCCUGACUUUAUAGGAAUCUCUCAAUGAGGGGACCCCCUUCCCAUCUUUCCUGCUGGGAUGCUGGAUUUUUGCAUGCGAGUGACUUUUGGGUGGGAGUGGUAAAUCCCUUCUUCAUGACCCACUUCUCCCUCCUAGCACCUGGAGGGGUCCCACUGGCAGGCAGAAUGGGGCUGUGGGUAAUACACAUCUCCCCUUCCUACACGGCUCCCCCAACCCCGCCGAAUGGGGUUUUUUAAAGGAAAAAGGAAAAAAAAAUUGCUCAGCUGUGGGCCUUGAAUCCAUGCACUGAGCUCGCAUUGUACCGAGAAGGAGGUGAACGGGGACUCCUUUGGAGAAUAUAGCCACUUGUUUUCUAUGACCCCAGCUUUCUGCUUUCCCCAGGGCGAGGACCUGCAGCCCCUCUCAGAGCCUGGGGGAUCAGAUUCCCAUUGAGACGUGUGGGUGAGGCUGGCUGGGCGCAACUGGGCAGUCUCAUGCCGCCGGGAUGGGGGGCUGGCGCCCUUUGCAUGACAGCGUAUGUCCCACGGAGGCUGGGCUUGCUUUGACACCCUCUGUUCUUUGCUCCCUGUGGGGGGAAGGCCCUUCGGACGCGCUCUGGCGGCACCAGGCCUGAGCAUUCCGCAGGGGCCGCUUGCAAUACACGCUCUUCUGCUUUGAACCCUAGUGUCCAUGCUUCGUUUUCAGUGGCCUGGGGAGAUGGGAAUGGCUUUUCCGGGAUCAGGGACCUCACCUCACCCGACUCCUCCUGGCGCAUGCCCAGCCAGGCAGUCACACGCAGACAGGGCUCAUGAGGGAAGGGGUUCUGCUUUAGGAUGCAGUGAUGGGGGAGGGGAAUGGGGCUUCCUCCCUCCCCACCCCCAGGCAUGGGCCAUGGGGCAGCGCUCACCCUGGCCUCACAACUGUAUUGGCUAAAGACCUGAGAGGAGAAGCUUGACAGGCUGGGAAACCCUGGGUCCCCAGAGGUAAUUGGGGGCUGCUGAACUCCUUACCAGGGGUCUGCAAGAGUUUAUUCUCUCCCCCCUCCCCCCGACAGACUCAGGAGAGUUGGGAUGAGGAGACCUCUACUGUCUCCAUAAAUCGCCCCUGCAGCUUGGCUGGAGUGCCCUUUCCCCUCGCUGCCUGUGUGGACUUGCUGUAACGUUAUACUGUGGCUGCGUUCUACUCCAGAGGUGGCUGCAUGGGGGGGGGUCCUCUGGCCUGAGAGGCACUUCUCUUCCAGGGUGAGGUGCUAUGUGUGGGGAAUUGCACCAAGGGGGAGCAGGAAAGCAGCUAGCCCUCAGGCUUCAGAGGUAACUGAAAGCUACAUUUCCCAAGGGCUUUGUUGCAACCAUAUCUGAGGAAUCCAGAGUUAUGUGGCUCAGAGACAGACAGGCUCCAUACACAUCAGACAGGUGGCGGGAGAGGAGCCAUCCAGCAGCGGCCAUGCCACUAAGAACUCCCCAAGCUCUCCCUAGCCUGAGUGACUGCUGGGAAAGCUACCCCGCUCCUCGCUAUGGCAGGACCUGCCACAGGCAUCAGGGGCAGCAUCCUCUGCCCAGAGGCGGAGCAUUAGCCAAAGUUGCUUGCGUGCCUUGUACGAGGGCGCUGCCCAGCCAACGCUGAGCAGCACGGGCAUUUGGCAUCCCUCGAUCAGUCAGGACGUUGGCCAAGGCCCUGGAGAGGAGCAGUCAGUGGGGUGAAGAGGGGACAGGCUGGUGGCCAGGAGUGAAAGCUGGAGUGGCUGGAACAAUGAACCCCAUGGGAUUGUGAGGGAGAUGCAGAUAUCUGAGCUGCUUAGUGCUCUGUCCUGUGGAAGCCAGGGGUGGUGGGUAACUGCUGAGACAUGGCUCUGCAUGGCCUGCUCAGUGCUGACACCGUGGGUCUGACAUGGGAGGCAGGGUACGGGGUUGGGGGCAGCAGGACCUGGACUCUGGCUCUGGCAGUAGCCAGUGCACUGUUCCUUCCUGGUGGUGAGGCUGCUGGAAGCCCAGGAUGGGCUAAGCACAUCCGCUGGGGCUGGGGCUGGCUGUCGGGGGGCUGAUGGGCAAAAAAGCAUGGCUGGGCUAUGACACACCCCAGCAGAGGGGGGCGUGCUGCUGGGUUUUCUCAGUGCUCCCCCCAGCAACAGGCUCAGCGUGAGGCAUGUCCUGGAAGCAGGACGGGUCUCUGGGGAGCAGCCAGUGGCACAGACUAGCCUGGCACAGCUCCCUGGGCAGAACCAGAACUCCUCAUGCCCAGCAUGACCUACCCCCCCAACAAUGGCCUGGAGUUAGCCCUCGAAACCAGGACUUCUCUACCCAAAAUGCAUUGCUGCUGCAGCUUUCUUGGCCUGCCAGAGACUCGAGGAACUUUAAGCCCGUUCUAGCUGGCUGAGGGGCACUGCUGAUUGGGGGCUUGGGUCGGUGCUCUGACCCAGUGGCUGCCCGUGUUACCUGGGUCGAGUGCAUGGGAGGAGCUGGAAAAUGGCUUGGAAAGGAGAAGAUGCUGUAGCCCAGACAGAGGCCUUGGGGCAGAGAUGGGGAGAAGCCCAACCCAGCAUCACCCAUGGGACCAUUUGCAGGCACCAUACAGCCCUUGGGAGUUCUGUGCUUGCAGCCCAAUGCAUGGAUGCUUUGGUGGAUCUCUGCACCGGCCCUUUGGCCGUGCCCAUUGCUGUAGGAUCUGUCCUGCUGUGGACCCAUGUGACAGGGGAUCUCAGAAGGGAUUUCAGUAGAUUUCACUCACAGGGCAUUGGUGUGGGGAGGUGACAGUGUGUCUGCAGAUGGGCACAGAGGGCAGAGCCUGCAGUCAGUUCCGUGUGGGCCCUAGGGCUGGCAGUCAGGAGGAGAGGUGUUCAUGUGCAGCGGGAAUGGGACAGUCCCUCAUGCUGCCCCCUCAUGCAAGAUCAGUCCGUGGCAUGGGCCACAUCUGUCCCGUCAUCCUCUGCUGCCGCCCCGAGCAGCUGGCAGCCCUUCCAGGAAGCUCACCCUGCAGGAUGCAGGGAUGGGGAAUCGAAGGAGGGUCCAUGCUGGCAUUUCCUACGUGAUCCUGGGACACGUCGGCAGGAGUGACCAGCUUUGGUGUGUUGGGUGAGGCCACUGCAAGCGCAGGCACAUCCCCCUUCAAUGCCUGAUGCCUGGCACAAGCUGGCACUGCCGGCAGAGGAAGCUUUGUGCCCAUGCAACAUCUUUGAGCUCCAUCCUUCCAUGCCCAGCCCUUGGAAGGAGCUAGCUUUUCCCAUGCUGUCCUUGUCUUUCUUUUGCUCCCAAUGCCCUCAGAGCCCUGCUCCCUCUGCAGUGUGGCAGCUGGCUCAGGAAGCAGGCACGUGUACUCCCAUUUUAGUUCCCUUAGUGACAGAAAAUGGGCCAGAGCUAGGUGGGGCUUGCAUAGUGCAGGAAGCAGAUGCCCAGCUGCACUGGCAGCGGAUUUGCAAGCUGGCAGGUCAAUACCAUCUGCUUUGAGCACCCCCAAGCCCCUCCUUAGCCACUUUGUGGAUCUCACUGGGUAUCAGUGGAUGUGGCGUAGCCCACUGUCUGGGCAGGACUGCCCAUAGAUCCAUCCCACUAAGGGAUAGUGUCCGGGCUCAGCAGAUGUGCUAGGAUGGAACCACUUCACAUGCAGUGUCUCCAGGUUAGUUAGCACCCCAGAGUUCCGCCCUCAUGGCCCAGGGCACAGUAAUGCUUCCCAGGGCUGGCUGCUAGAAUGGCCCAACCCUCCCAUGCUGUUCCCGCUGCCAGCAGUCGACAGAGUGAAACCCUAAGCCAUGGCUUCUCUCAUGCUCAGGGCUAGCCGAGAGGUCUCCAAGGCAGAGGAGCAGCGUGAAAGGGAUUGGCUUCCAGCCGGAGAAGGCACCUGCCCUGGGUGGCAGGGCAUGGAGGAGGCCAAGAAAACAGGCUAGUGGGAGGGCCAGCUUCGUACCCGUGCUGAACCCAACCAGCACGGGGCACUCCUGAGCUAGGCCUAGGAUGCACAGCUCCAGUCCAGCCUCCACGCCUUGCCGCAGAACCAGCGCUAGGCAUGAGCAGACUUAGCAAUGGCUUAGGGCCCCAAGCAGUUCAAGGGGGCCCCCUAUUCGCGUUUUUAGUAUAUGAUGUGUGUGGGGAGGGACAAACAUAUUUCUUCUUAUGGCCCCCAAUGGGCUAGCACUAUCUCUGCCCUGCCGGCAGCGCUGGGAGAAUCUUCCGAUUCCCCUUCUGUCUGGAUUCACUUACUAGUUGCAUGCCCAGCGGCCCUGGUUCUUCUCCUGCUCCCAGGCGGUACUGUCACUCCAAGGGGCCCUGCCAUGGCAUCUCCCUGGGCUGUAACAAUGCUGCUCCCACAAUAGUUGUGGACUCUCAUUAAUAAUUCAAUCCCUUUUUGUGUGUGUUGCUAAAAUAAACACCGGCCCUACCAACAAUACCA